GGACAAGUAGUCUAGGGCCAGUGGUUCUCAAACUGGGGGCCCUGAGAUGGUGCCAGGGGGCCCUGUUUCGAUGGUUUGUUUGAACAAAACAUCAAAACGAAUAAAUAAAUGGAAAUUGAAUAAAUACUUUGUAUUUGGUUAAAUUGUGCUCAGUGAUCCUUACCAAACUCAACAACACCAUUGUUGUGUUUCUGUUUGUUUGUUUGUUUGUUUUGGGGGGUAGAGAUGCCACUCAGAGAUGUCACUCUUGCUUGUCUUCAAACCUUGAGAGCCCUGCAGUCUUUUACGAUCGAUUGCAAAAGUUUGUACCCCCAUGAUUUCAGCUCUCCUCACAUUAUCCAACAGCUCUGUUGUCAUUGGUUGUAGCAAGGAAGUGCUCUCAUCUCAUUGGACACAUAAACAACAAGGUCUCCUCUCAUUGGUCAGCAUGCAGUGAUGAGCGCUUUUCUCAUUGGUUCAGUCCAACAAGAGCUUCAUUAAAAUGAAUCUAAAGUGUUAAAUGGAAACGUUCUGUCGACGGUGUUCAGUGUCCUAUUUUGUUUCUGACGAAUUCGUCAUUAUUUUACUCUCAGACCGAAAGUCCCGCCCCUUUUAUCACCGAGUCGCUGCCCGACACGCCGCUCAUCUUAUCAGAGUGCAGCUCUGGCGUGACGUCACGUCCCGUAAGUCUGUUGUGGUUCCUGUAAGAAGACGUCAGUAACGGAUUUGUACUUGACAAAUGGCGAGCUAGAACAACCGGAAAGCACGAGCUGCGCCCCCGGAAGCUCAUUUCUCUCACAGAGGCGUGUAUGUAGGUGUAUUUACAUACCAAUAUAUUAGCUUAUUUUAGGGCUUCGUUUCUAUGGAAACGAGUUGUCUGGAUAACGGGAUGCCGUGUCAGAACCAGAAGCAGGUGAACAGCGACAGGCGCGAGCUCGAGCACGCGGCUAAGCAGGUGCGGUUCGCGGAGAAGAGCAGCAGCACGAGCGCCGUUUCAGCACGAGGACACGGAGAACCAGCUAACGGUAACGGCUCCGGGAGCGACAUCGUGAAACAGAUCGGAUCUCAACUCAAACUUCUGCCCUUAAACGACCAGAUCCGAGAGCUACAGACCAUCAUCCGGGACAAGUCCACCAGUCGAGGUGAUUUUGUGUUUUCUGCUGACAGAUUGAUAAGACUGGUGGUUGAAGAGGGACUCAAUCAGCUUCCUUACAGUGAAUGCACUGUGAUCACACCCACAGGUCACAAAUAUGAUGGGGUGAAGUUCGAGAAGGGAAACUGUGGUGUUAGCAUCAUGCGAAGUGGUGAGGCGAUGGAGCAGGGUCUGAGGGACUGCUGUAGGUCAAUCCGCAUCGGGAAGAUUCUCAUCCAGAGCGAUGAGGAGACUCAGAAAGCCAAAGUUUUUUAUGCCAAGUUUCCUCCUGACAUCAACCGCAGAAAGGUGCUGCUAAUGUACCCCAUACUGAGUACGGGUAACACAGUGAUUGAGGCGGUGAGGGUGCUAAAGGAACACGGACUCCAAGCUAAACACAUCAUACUGCUGAGUCUUUUCUCCACACCGCAUGGUGCAAAGUCCAUAAUAAAGGAGUUUCCUGACAUCACAAUCCUGACAACUGAGGUUCAUGAUGUCGCUCCCACACACUUCGGCCAGAGAUACUUCGGCACAGACUGACACUGACACUGACACUGACACACUCACACUCACACUCACACUCACACACUCACACACACACACACACACACACACACACGGCCCACUGGUUUCUGUUUGGUGUUUGUGACUCCCGCUCAGUCUUUUCACUGCGCUCUCAUUCCCAUCACAGACCCAACACACCACGAACGAUGCUCAGUAACCAGUGUCACCCCCCCCCCCCCAGAACAUGUUUUAAUCAACUGACAGCAAAUCUUGUUAUUUGAGCUGUAAUUUUGCUCCAACUGACCGUUCAUGUUACUGAACAUACUGAACAUGUGGCUGUGUUCAGUCUCCACACUGACAGCGAUGUUCCAUAAACACCGUUCUCAUGGAAGGAUGAACGAUGGGACGAAAAGCGUUUUGUUUUUUCUUCCUCUUUACUUUAAUACGGUGUUCACACACACACACACACACACACACACAAAGAUAUUUGGACACUGAACACAGCUAACGUUCGUCCAACACGGAGCGUGACAUUAAACCACACAGGCUUUAUUCUGGAAACAGAAGACGACAAUACUUGAACGUCGGUUAAGUCCGUAAAGCUUUUUAUACGUCUUUCACCUCGGAAGCCACGCCCACCCCAUAACAUCUAUAAAAUCCGUCGUAGACGUGAAGACUGAAACAAACCUGGACUUUCUAGAAAGUUCUGCAGUGUUCUGGAGCUUAGAAGACACAUUCCAGCUUCGGUGCUUACACAUCCACCGGGUUUCUCCUCUAAGUUCUGCCCAAUCAGUGCUAUGAUGAUUAUAUAUUAUAUAUUAAAUAAAUAAAACUAUUUUCUACUACA